GGCGGCUCGUACUUCCGUGGUGCACGAGAGGGAGCCGUGUUGGUCACUAAACAGUGGAGUAAAAUGGAGUCGCAAGGAACAAAGAAGAAAGUUUGCUAUUACUACGACGGCGACGUGGGGAACUACUACUACGGCCAGGGCCACCCCAUGAAACCCCACAGGAUCCGCAUGACGCACAACCUCCUUCUCAACUAUGGACUGUACAGGAAAAUGGAGAUUUACAGACCACACAAAGCCAGUGGUGAGGAGAUGACUAAAUACCACAGCGACGACUACAUCAAGUUCCUGAGGUCCAUCCGACCAGACAACAUGUCCGAGUACAGCAAACAGAUGCAGCGGUUCAACGUCGGAGAAGACUGCCCGGUGUUUGAUGGUCUGUUUGAGUUUUGCCAGCUCUCAACGGGUGGAUCUGUCGCUGGGGCGUUGAAGUUGAACAAGCAGCAGACGGAUAUCGCCAUCAAUUGGGCCGGCGGACUCCACCACGCGAAGAAGUCCGAGGCGUCGGGGUUCUGCUACGUCAACGACAUCGUCCUGGCCAUCCUCGAGCUGCUGAAGUACCACCAGAGGGUUUUAUACAUAGACAUCGACAUCCAUCACGGCGAUGGAGUGGAGGAGGCCUUCUACACCACCGACCGGGUCAUGACCGUCUCCUUCCACAAGUACGGGGAGUACUUCCCGGGCACUGGAGACCUGAGGGACAUCGGAGCCGGAAAGGGAAAGUACUACGCGGUGAACUACCCGCUUCGAGACGGCAUUGACGAUGAGUCCUACGAAGCCAUCUUCAAACCUAUCAUGGCUAAAGUCAUGGAGAUGUACCAGCCGAGUGCUGUUGUGCUCCAGUGUGGAGCGGAUUCUCUUUCUGGAGACCGACUGGGCUGCUUCAACCUCACCAUCAAAGGCCACGCCAAAUGUGUGGAGUACAUCAAAAGUUUCAACCUGCCCCUGCUGAUGCUGGGCGGCGGCGGCUACACCAUCCGCAACGUGGCCCGCUGCUGGACCUACGAGACGGCCGUGGCCCUGGACUGCUCCAUCCCCAACGAGCUGCCCUACAACGACUACUUUGAGUACUUUGGGCCCGACUUCAAGCUGCACAUCAGCCCGUCCAACAUGACCAACCAGAACACCAACGAGUACCUGGAGAAGAUCAAGCAGCGUCUGUUUGAGAACCUGCGCAUGCUGCCGCACGCCCCCGGCGUCCAGAUGCAGGCGAUCCCCGAGGACGCGCCGCACCCGGACAGCGCGGACGAGGAGGAGGAGGACACCGACAAACGCGUCUCCAUCCGGGCCCACGACAAAAGGAUCGCCUGCGAGGAGGAGUUCUCCGACUCCGAGGACGAGGCGGAGGGCCAGGGAGGAGGCCGCCGGAACUCAGCCAACCACAAGAAGGUGAAACGGGUGAAGAAGGAGGACGAGAAGGAAGCGGAGGAGAAGAAAGAAGUGAAAGAGGAGGAGAAAGAGGAAGAGAAGAUGGACACAUCGGGACCAAAAGAAGAGGUGAAGACGACUUGAAGCAUAAGGAAGGAAGGAAAGGUCUCUUGUACCCCUGGUUCCUACGUUCAGGAGCCUUUUUGUAUUUUCUGUGUUCUGAAGGCGAGCCUGGUUUACGCUGUAUUAUGAACUUUUGUUACCAACCUCAGUGAAACCCCGGUUGAGUGGGCGUGCCCCCCCUCCUGUUCCAAUCAUGGCGUUACAGAUUUAAUACCUGCAGAAGAUGUAGAUUUAUGAGUAUAGACUAGAGCGCUCGUGCAAAAAAAAAAAGGCUUUUCUGUUAGUUUUUAAACAUCUAUUCAUGGGUAAUAACCAGCGUUUGGCUCAAUGAACUGCAUGUUUAGAAUAAUCUCGCCUCCAAGCGUGUACAUAUUGCUCCCUCUGCGCGGACAGGCCCGAAUUCUACGCUCAGUAACUUAUUCAUAUUCACGGACGGACCCUUCAGCCCGCCUCCCUGUGAACAUGCUCAGUGUUUUUAGUUUUUUCUGUUAUGAGUGGUUGUUGAAGGUUUUGGAAGCGAGUGACCUUGUUUUUGAUAUUUUGUAACCCCCCCCCCCCCCUCGUUAUCCAUGAAGGUGGAGCGAGCUGGUUAAAUGGUUUUAUCCUUGUGAAAUGCGCAUUAUCAGAACUUUGUAAUAAACGUAUAAA